AUGCCUUUACGAAUCCACAUUGAGGGACCGCUGGUCUCUAUCCAAAAACUUCUUCCGGCCGAAGUGUGGAACCACGACGUAUGCGAUCAUCCGUUUCCACAACCAGGCGGGCCGGAGCUUGCAAGGCUAACAUUCGACGAGCUGUACGGGCAAGCCGUCCGGCCCCCUCUUCCUGGCGAUCUUGUUGUACGGGACGAGUAUCUCGGUUGGUGUGGCGAUCCACCAAACCCAAUUACACAUUUCGACUAUUACGGUAUCACCUUCGAUCACCUUGUUCCAGUUAACGACCCUAAUCCGGAAGUACUCCAAAUCAACAUUAUCGAACUCGAAGCCAAAGAAGGAGACUAUGCAGAAGGAUUGAACUAUGCCAAAACAUACUUACGGCUGGCUGUAGAACCUGAUGACUAUAUUGGAAGGAUAUUGGCUGUGCCGCGGUGUUGUACCACACGAAAGGGGACGACGGAUAGACGCAGGAUAAAUGAUGGCGUGGCGGAAAGGGUCAAAAAGGUACAGGCUCAAAGAGGCCAUAGUGACACACAACCUUAG